UUUGUAUAAAGAAAGGUAGGAGAAGAGGAGGAGAGGAAGGAGAAGAGGAGGAGAUGAAGAUGAGGGCAUUGGAAUCCAUGGUGCUGCUUUUGAUCUUGAUUUUCUCCAUUGUUUUGGGAUCCAAAGGCAUGGAGUUUAAUCUCAGUAUGGAUGUUUUCGUUGAUGGUCCGGCGAUCUGGUUCUCCGAUGGCGUCAACGCAGGUAACUUUGUAGGUUUGCUUAAUGUAUCAUCGUAUGAAGGGUUUGGGAUGGAUGGGGCUUGGGAGAAGAUUGUGGAGGUGUGGGUUUUGGUGAGAGGGAUGGUGGUGGCGCCGGUGAUGAGAGUGGCGAUGGUGUUGUGUAUGGUUAUGUCGUUGAUGCUGCUGGUGGAGUUUGUGUUCAUGAGUUUGGUGAGUCUUGGGGUGAAGAUUUUGAGGAGGAAGCCGGAGAUCAGGUACAAAUGGGAGGCUUUGAAGGAGGAUCCGGAGAUUGGGACUUCCGUCUAUCCUAUGGUGCUUGUUCAGAUCCCCAUGUUCAAUGAGAAAGAGGUGUAUAAGUUGUCAAUUGGAGCUGCUUGUGGAUUGGCAUGGCCGCCGGACAGGUUCAUAAUCCAAGUGCUGGAUGAUUCCACAGAUCCAAUUGUCAAGGCCAUGGUGGAGCUUGAAUGCAAUGCUUGGGCAAGCAAGGGAAUGAACAUACAUUAUGAAGUGAGAAAUAACAGGAAAGGUUACAAGGCAGGUGCCUUGAAGGAAGGAAUGGAGCAUAGCUACGUUCACCAAUGUGACUUUGUGGCUAUCUUUGACUCUGAUUUCCAGCCUGAGCCUGACUUUCUAAUGAGAACUGUCCCUUUCCUUGUCAAUAAUCCUAAGAUUGCUCUUGUUCAAGCACGUUGGGAAUUUGUUAAUUUUGGUGAGUGCCUGAUGACAAGGAUACAGAGGAUGUCUCUAGAUUACCACUUCAAAGUGGAGCAGGAAGCAGGUUCAUGCACAUUUGCCUUCUUCGGUUUCAAUGGGACUGCUGGUGUAUGGAGAAUAUCAGCCUUAAAUGAAGCUGGCGGUUGGGAGGAUCGCACCACAGUAGAAGACAUGGACUUGGCUGUUCGAGCAAUUCUCAAAGGGUGGAAGUUCUUAUAUGUUGGUGACGUGAAGGUUAAAAGUGAAUUACCUAGUAACUUCAAGGCAUACCGUCAUCAGCAGCAUCGUUGGACUUGUGGAGCUGCGAAUUUAUUUAGGAAAGUCGCAUUCGAUAUAAUGAGGGCAAAGGAUGUAUCCCUAUGGAAGAAGCUUUAUGUUCUCUACAGCUUCUUCAUCGUGAGGAAGGUUGUUGCCCAUGUUGUCACCUUCUUCCUCUACUGUGUGGUAGUUCCAGCAUCUGCGCUAAUUCCAGAGGUCAAUAUACCCAUAUGGAUGGUUGUGCAUAUCCCUACGACAAUCACUCUUCUCAAUGCCAUCAGAAAUACAAGCUUUAUUCAUCUGAUGCCAUUAUGGAUUUUGUUCGAGAAUGUUAUGUCUAUGCAUCGCAUGAAAGCAACAAUGAUUGGUCUUUUGGAAGCAAAGAGUGCCAACGAAUGGGUUGUUACUGAGAAGCUCGGAGGUGCUAUCAGGGCAAAACCCGAAAAUCAAAUACUAGAAAAACCACCUUCCAGGUUCAAAGAAAGGCUCAACUACUCCGAGCUUAGAUUUGGAUUCUUCCUCUUGCUUUGCGCAAGCUAUGACGUCAUCUAUGGAGUAAACUACUACUUCAUAUACAUCUACCUCCAAGCGCUCGCAUUUUUCAUCAUGGGCGUUGGUUUUGUUGGUAGACACACUUCCAAUUCUUAGCAACCAUGAAACCAUUCCUUUUGUACCCUCCCUUUUUAUUCUUUCCAGUAUAUGAACAAUUCUUUAGGUAGCUUAAUUUGAUUUGAACAAAAAUUAGUGUACUCCAUUCCCUAAUUUGUCA